GUCGCCGAGCCGGGUUGCUAAGGAAGUGAGCGGCCGCGUUCUCUCCCCAUCCGGGGCAGCGGGGAAUGGCUGAGCCCGGGGUUCGCCGCCGCCGCCCGCUCUCGGCUGCGGCUGCAGGACCUUAGCAUCCUGAGCCACUCUGGAUUCAUAGCCCUCAAGGCUGAGCUGGUCAGAGUUCAUCAUGUCCAAGUUAAAAAGCUCAGAGUCAGUCCGGGUGGUGGUUCGCUGUCGGCCCAUGAAUGGUAAAGAAAAGGCUGCAUCCUAUGACAAGGUGGUAGAUGUGGAUGUGAAGCUGGGGCAGGUGUCUGUGAAGAACCCCAAAGGCACAUCCCAUGAGAUGCCCAAGACCUUCACCUUUGAUGCCGUCUAUGAUUGGAAUGCCAAGCAGUUUGAACUCUAUGAUGAGACGUUCCGGCCACUUGUGGACUCUGUCCUACAGGGAUUCAACGGCACAAUUUUUGCCUAUGGACAAACGGGAACUGGGAAAACCUAUACCAUGGAGGGAGUCCGUGGUGACCCUGAGAAAAGAGGGGUCAUCCCCAACUCAUUUGAUCACAUCUUCACCCACAUCUCUCGAUCACAGAAUCAGCAGUACCUGGUCAGGGCCUCUUACUUAGAGAUCUAUCAGGAAGAGAUCCGAGACUUGCUCUCAAAGGAUCAGACCAAAAGGCUGGAGCUCAAAGAGAGACCCGAUACAGGUGUGUACGUGAAGGAUUUGUCUUCCUUUGUCACCAAGAGUGUGAAGGAGAUAGAGCAUGUGAUGAAUGUGGGCAACCAAAACCGCUCUGUCGGUGCUACCAACAUGAACGAGCACAGCUCACGGUCGCACGCAAUCUUUGUCAUCACCAUCGAAUGCAGCGAGGUGGGCCUAGAUGGUGAAAACCACAUCCGGGUAGGAAAACUGAACCUUGUAGAUCUUGCCGGCAGUGAGCGGCAAGCCAAGACUGGCGCUCAAGGGGAAAGACUGAAGGAAGCGACCAAGAUCAACCUGUCCCUUUCAGCCUUGGGUAAUGUCAUCUCUGCCCUGGUGGAUGGCAAAAGCACCCACAUUCCAUAUAGAGACUCGAAACUGACUAGGCUUCUCCAAGAUUCCCUUGGUGGCAAUGCCAAAACUGUGAUGGUAGCCAAUGUGGGACCUGCCUCGUACAAUGUAGAAGAGACCCUGACCACUCUGAGAUAUGCCAACCGUGCCAAAAACAUUAAGAACAAGCCAAGGGUCAAUGAGGACCCAAAGGACGCUCUGCUUCGAGAAUUCCAGGAAGAAAUUGCUCGGCUCAAGGCCCAGCUGGAAAAACGCUCCAUUGGCAGGAGGAAGAGGCGAGAGAAGCGGAGGGAAGGUGGUGGCAGUGGUGGGGGUGGGGAAGAGGAGGAGGAGGAGGGAGAAGAGGGUGAGGAGGAAGGGGAUGAUAAGGAUGAUUACUGGCGGGAACAGCAAGAAAAACUGGAGAUUGAGAAGCGGGCCAUUGUAGAGGACCACAGCUUGGUUGCAGAGGAGAAGAUGAGGCUGCUGAAGGAGAAGGAGAAAAAGAUGGAGGACCUGCGGCGAGAGAAGGAUGCUGCUGAGAUGCUGGGUGCCAAAAUCAAGGCCAUGGAGAGUAAGCUGCUUGUUGGAGGAAAAAAUAUAGUAGAUCAUACGAAUGAACAGCAGAAGAUCUUGGAGCAGAAACGCCAGGAGAUCGCAGAGCAGAAACGUCGAGAAAGAGAAAUCCAGCAGCAAAUGGAGAGUCGAGAUGAGGAGACCUUGGAACUAAAAGAGACUUACACCUCAUUGCAGCAGGAGGUAGACAUCAAGACCAAAAAGCUCAAAAAGCUCUUUUCCAAGCUCCAGGCUGUGAAGGCUGAGAUCCAUGACCUGCAAGAAGAACACAUCAAGGAGCGCCAGGAGCUGGAGCAGACGCAGAAUGAGCUCACCCGGGAGCUAAAGCUCAAGCAUCUUAUUAUAGAAAACUUUAUCCCCUUGGAAGAGAAGAAUAAAAUUAUGAAUAGGUCCUUUUUUGAUGAAGAAGAAGACCACUGGAAAUUACAUCCUAUAACUAGACUGGAGAACCAGCAGAUGAUGAAGCGGCCAGUCUCUGCCGUGGGAUACAAGAGACCCCUGAGCCAGCACGCACGGAUGUCCAUGAUGAUUCGGCCAGAACCCCGAUACAGGGCGGAGAACAUCAUGCUCUUGGAGUUGGAUAUGCCCAGCCGGACGACCAGAGAUUAUGAGGGCCCGGCCAUUUCCCCCAAGGUCCAGGCUGCACUUGAUGCAGCUCUGCAGGAUGAAGAUGAGAUACAGGUGGAUGCAUCAUCCUUUGAAAGCACUGCAAACAGAAAACCCAAGGCCAGGCCUAAGAGUGGCAGGAAAUCAGGAUCCUCCUCUUCCUCCUCAGGAAACCCUGCAUCUCAGUUUUACCCACAGUCUCGGGGGCUGGUUCCCAAGUAACCCAGCACCCCCUCCCGGGGGGGAACAGCAUUGUCUUCUGAGAGAAGAGUGAGCACAAACCGCAGAGAUGACUUGAGCCUAAACGCAGAACCAUUCCCCUGAGGAGAAGAGAUGGCCUCUGCAGAUUAGCCAACUCAAUCUGCCCGAACAUACUGGUCCUGAUUUGGCACUCAGCUCCUCUGGGAAGUGUCCUUGCAUUAGCAUCUCAGAAAUGCAUGGGUAAGGUAAAGUGCAAAGUCCAAGUGGACAGCAAGAGAAUGACCACAACCUUGCUUUCCUUCUCCCUCCCUUCCUCUCCUCUCUUCUAGCCUCUUCCUCACACCAGGUUCCCUUCUUGUUAAACAAUACGGUGUCGAGGCCUCCUUAGGACCACAUGUGUGGAGCCUUGGAGUAAAAUGACAGUGGAAUUGGGACGGAAAGUCCUAGAACUUGAACAGAUGCCUGCUUUUGUCAGGGGAAAUGCGAGGUCUCACUUGGAACCAAGUCCCAGGACGACACAACCAACGAUCCAGCUUCCAGGCCCCGCAUAGGAGUAGAUCUGCCUGUGGAACCUGAUGAAUGGGGCACUGACUUCCAGUUCCUGUUCCAGAAGGACUUGGUGUUGGAAGCAAUAGAAAAGACAUUCUCUUUGCCUCCUGGGAGAGUUUGGGGAAAUAGCUUUUUUCAAACCUCAAAACCAUGACCGUCCUGUUAAAGAGCUAAGUCUAUAAACAGUGCCAUGUCCAUCUA